UUUUUUAACUCAUUCACCGUAAUCUGUCACACAAUGUCAUGCCUCUACACCAAGACUGCACCUUAGUAGUCUUAGUAUCGUUUAUCAGUACCCCGCUCUCUCUUGCGUUCUGCUUUUUUACGUUUACAGUUUUGUCUUCUGUCCGACACCGAAAAUCGGUUUUCAUUUCCAGUUUCCUGCAUUUUCCAUUUGCAUUUUCAGGUCUCAGUGCUUGGCUACAAGUUCAGGGACAUGAUGGCGUUUCCUGCUUUUCGAAAAAGGACUUAGCACCUGAAGUCUUGUGCUGUCUCAAUACAGCAUGGGGUUAGAUGUAAGACUUGAAGUCAGCAUGUCUUUGAAAUGUGGGCAUCUCUUCACACUGCUCUUCUUCAUUGUGUCCGUCACAGGAAUUCAAGGCCGAAGCAGGCUAAAUCCAUCAGAGACCCUUCACACUAUCAGCUUAACAAACCUGCCAAACCCACCAAAGCAGAAUUCAGGGAUAAGGACUAUAUUUGAAAUGGAAAAGCAUCGCAUCAAGAGGUCAGACUUCUUCCACUCAGAGGUGAAAGUAUGUCCGCAGGAGACGAUGAGGGAAGUCAUAGCAAGCCACCAAACAUACUACACACUGAGAGUUUGCCAGGAGGCUGUAUGGGAGGCUUUCCGGAUCUUUCUGGACAGAAUUCCCAGCAGCUCAGAGUACCAGAAAUGGGUCCACAAAUGCCAGCAUGACUCUAUGUGCAUCUCAGAUCUCGCCAUGGUUUUCAGCAAUUCACAAGAACACACAGACAUGGUCUACAGGAGGGUGAAUAUGAAUAGUGAAAAAUUAGAACGAAAUAUGACUGAAGAGCCAACAACUGAUGGAGCACCAAGAACGGAAGGGUCAGAAGAAGUCCUGACUGAAGCAGCAGUAGAAGAAUUUGUUCCCCCAGAUCUGUCUAGUACUGUCAGUACUACAACAGACACCUCUUCUGCCUCACAGGAGUUGGAUCUUCACAAUGUGGUUCCUGAGCAGCCAGUACAUCAGGUCAUAGAGUUCAGCGUUAUACUGAUGGACUAUGGGUAUCAGGAGAUACUGAGAGACACCGAUUCACCUCAGUACCAUGACCUGUCAAGGCAUCUUCAGGAUCAGAUGCAACAUGCUUUUAAUGACCUACCUGGAUUUAUGGAUGUCCAAGUGUUAAGUAUUCGUGAGGCAGAAGCACCUAAAGGAGCUGGAGGACUAUCUGCAGUUUACUCAGCUGUAUUUGAGACUACCAUACCUUCCAGUGCUGAUGGAAAUCUGGACAUUGGCACGGCUGUUUCAUCUACAGGACCAAGUCUGAAGGAUAUGAUAGUUAAAGCACUGAGCAAAAAGGCAUCUCUUCUUGAUCUUAAUUCACUGACCUUUGAGACAGGCAAAGACCAGUCUUCAACGAGAAUGCCUGUGACGGUUUCUGAAGACAUUAUAACUGAGGAUGAGAUUGAAACAUCAACUAACCAGGAUGAAGUAGCAGAACCUGAGGAAAAAGCUUUAGAGCCAGAUCCAGAGGUCAUUAUAGAAUCGAAAGAAGAUGUUGAGGAGCAUAAAACUGAUGAGGAGAUUAAAGUGAAACAAGUGGAUGACGUUCAGGCAACCAGGAGGCCAGAAACUGAGACAGGACAACCUAAGGAGGAACUUCAUUUAACAGAAAAGGGUGAGGUGGUGAAACCUGAAAGAGAAGCUGAUGAAUCAGAACCUGCUGAUGUUGUAGAAUAUGAAGGCAGUGUCAAAACUGAACAGCCCGCUGUGGAGAUCGCAAGUGAGGUCCCCAAAACCACUGAAGGUUCAACCAAACCUCCUGCAGAGAUGAUUAAGAUUAAACCACCUGAGAUUUCUGUCACAGAAACUUACCUUGUUGAGAAUGUUGACUAUUACCAACCCAAAGAAGGUGCUAAUUUGCCUUUUGUGCCAGUUGACAGGGUUCAACCAGGCACAGUAUUUGGUAAACCUGAACAUGUGGAAGACUUUGGGGUGGAGGAUCAACUCUCCAAACCGGAGGUUAUUGAGGGAGUUUUUGAGAUACCAGAUCUGGUUACAGAGGGAAAAACCCUAAGACCAGAAGUGUCUGAUGUUCUCACUACUGUAUCAAGUGCCUCAGAAUCUCUACCUGAAAUGAUCACAGAAUCAGCUUUGAAGAAAGAUAAGGACUUACCAUCUGUUGUUGAGGAUACUAAGGAGCCACAGCUCGAAGAGAUGGAGGAAGACACUCAGACAGAAGAUCUCCUUGUAGAAGAAGAGACUGCAUCACAACCCAUGGAGACACUCACAACUCAUCUACCUUUGACAACUUCACCUACAGACCUUAACAGUUUUGAAGUAGUGCUAACAGAUGUAUCGGUCGUUACGCCAACCUCUUUAGAAAAGCAUUAUGAUUCACCAACUGAAAAAAUACAAUCAACUGUUGCCCAGGAUGUUGAUUUUACGAAGACAGAAAAUGACAAAAUGCUGAAUGUGGAAACUCAGGAUGCUGUUCUAACAGAUGCAUCAGUCGUUACUCCAAUAUUUUUGGAAAAGGAUUAUGAUUCACAGACCGAAAAAGCACAACCAACUGUUGCCCAGGAUGUUAUAUUUGAGUCAGAAAAUGACCAAGUGUUGGAUGUGGAAACUGAAGACCCAUUUAUUCAUUUAAAAGAGUUAGACCAAAUAGAUGUAGUAAGUACUGAGACCAUUGAUCUCUUGAGUUAUGACAAUGGAUAUUCUUUCCCAAAUGAAGGAUAUCCCUUGGAGACAACAAGAGCGCCAUCACUAAAGUAUUUCACAACUCCUUCUAUGACCACAGCUAACAAAGGCAAAGAACUAGUUGUGUUUUUCAGUUUGCGUGUCACAAACAUGCUGUUCUCUGAAGAUCUUUUCAAUAAGAGCUCUGCAGAAUACCGAUCAUUGGAAAACACAUUUGUUGAACUGCUACUCCCAUAUCUACAGUCUAACCUAACAGGCUUUAAGAAGUUAGAGAUCCUAAACUUCAGAAACGGAAGUGUGGUGGUCAAUAGCAAGGCAAAAUUUGCCAAGUCUGUGCCGUACAACAUUACUCAGGCUGUCCAGCACGUCUUGGAGGAGUUUUGUAAUGCUGCAGCCCAGUAUUUGGACAUAAAGGUUGACAGCCAUUCCCUAGACAUAGAACCAGCUGAUCAAGGUGACCCUUGCAAGUUUCUUGCCUGCAACGAGUUUUCCAACUGCGUGGUAAACCUCUGGACAAAGGAAGCACAAUGUUUAUGUGACCCAGGCUACGUGACGGUGGAUGGACUGCCAUGUCGGAGCCUCUGCGUGGUCCAGCCUGACUUCUGUCUCAAUGGAGGAGAGUGUGAGAUUGUACCAGGGCACGGUGCCGCUUGCAGAUGUCCUGUAGGUAAAUUCCGGCAAUUUAUCGGGGAGAGAUGUGCAGAGCUGGUCUCCGUGACACUAGACCCCUUUCUUUCCCUAGUGUGCCUCGUGGGCGCGCUCACCUUUCUUUAUGCCAUCAUUUCUCUCUUGUUAUACAUGUGCAGGAAAUGUGUACGGACCAGAAAGACACUAACUCUAGUAGGCAGAGACCAGACCACCGUACCAGGCCUGACGAGUUAAUCACAGAAGAUUUACACAUUAUAAUCAGUCACUGAGAGGUGGGACGUCCGAUGGUGUUUAUCCAGCCAUUAAAAGACGUUUGAAAAGACUUCCCAUGAUCCCACAACCCCCGAAGGCUGUAGAAUGAGUGGCCAAACAUCCUGAGCAGAUGGAGAGCCAAGCUGAAUGGUUAUGUAACCUGUCGUUCUCAUGAGAACAUCAAGAAACAUGGCAGAAAGCAUUAUGGGUUUCCUCACAAUGAGGGAAUUAUUCUUCUGUUCGAUCAUAAUGAAUACACACGGUUCAAAAAUUCUCAUAGUAUGGAACAUAAUUUUGUUUUGGUGUAUAAUAAUUAUAAAUGGUUUCACACGCAUAGCGAAUACAUUUUUUUUUGUUGGUCUUUUAGCGUGGUUGUCUUGUGAAAAGUAGAACGUUGUUGGAAAUAUUCUUUGAAUGCUAUAGAGCGACAAAUGUUAAAAAGAAAAAACUAAAGCUAUAAACAAAAACUUGCUACAAAAUAUGAACCAAUUUUGUAAGAUUUACCCAAAGCACUGUGCAAAAUGUCUUUAAGUAUAGUUUAAUAUUAAAUCUAGAGCUAUGUUAGUGAUGGCCCUGGACAGCCCUGAAUAACGGUAAAUAGCAUCACUUAUUUGCAUUUAUUUUAAAUCCUUAGUCAACAACAUUCAUCACAGUGACAUUUAAUAGUUGUUUGUACUAUAAUAAAUAUAUAUAUUUUUAUCAUUGUUACUGUAUUGUGAAAUGUUAUAGAAGGUAAUCCCUGAAAUGAGGCUCUCAUAACUAUGUAUUUUUGUAAAUACAGUUGGUGUAUUUAUGUACACCAACUGUGCUGGUUUAUAUCUAUAAAAAUCUCAACUGUGCUUGUUGGAAGAAAACAGACAACUUUAUUUAGCUGGAGAUCUCAUGCCUACAUCAGUACCUUGUUUCGUUUCAUACAAAUCUUGCUUUUGUAUAUAGAAAUAAAUCUCAUUUGCAUAUUGCUCUUAUACAUAUUUGGUCUGAUAUCACAAUUACAACCCAUGCCUUGUGUGUCAUAUUGCAUCAUUUGCAAAACACACACAUCAUUGUAGAUUGACAACAUUAGGGACAAUAACAAUAUCACAAGAAGACUAAAUCGUAUUAUUAAAAUCAUUAUUUUUUAUUAAACGUUUUUCAUUCAAAGUCAUAAUUUAGUUGUCAUUACUUACCAGAGUUAUUGUAUUUACUGUAUUGUAGCUUUUGUAAAUACUUUAUGCAAGCAGUUAAACUCACAGUGAAUAACAAAACUCAGAAUAGUGUAAAGUGCUGAACAAUAUCAGUAUUUACAUCUGCAAGUCAAAGAGGAUCUUUAUUUCAACGUGAGAUUGAUUCAAACGUUAGGAAGAAACUGUUGAAUUUCUCUCAAGGAACAUUCCCAGUAAAGUAUUUAUGGAUUACUGAUGUUCAUCAUAUAUCAUAGCAAAAAUAUUACAUUAAGUAAAUUAUAUUAAGAGGCAGUUUAGAGGCAAUUACACUGUCAAGAACAGCAAUUAACGAUCAAUGAGAUGAUUCGACACACCAGAUAUUCAAAUAAAUCCAGAACAAAUGA